UUGCGCAUGCGCCGACUGACCGCGUCGUCUCAUAACAAACCAAUACCAAACAACAGAGCAUUCUGGUCCUAGUCUGCGUUAUUCCGACUUUUCUACGUUUGUGUUCAGUUGUCUAUCGUGUGACAAACAACAUUUAUUUAAUUCUUCGUGUUAGGAUCAACUGGACUCGUCUAGCUGAGCUUGCUAGUUAGCUUAGCUUGCUAGCUGCUAACAAAUAACUGCGGCUGUUGAAGAAAUAUUUUGUAUUUUGUUAAACUUGAAAGAAAUAAAGCAGAGUACGAGGAGGAACUUUGUCCAGCAAAAGAGGAGAAGGACCGACCACGUUUCAAGAAACAAGUUGUGUUACACAGAACAGACGUCUGUGAAGAACAUAGUCUCCCUGGGCAGCAGGAGUGGACCUCCACGAUGGAGCAAGGGGAGCCGCAGCCCUUUCACCUUAAAGAGGAAGAGUCACAGCCCCCUGACAUUAAAGAAGAAAAUGAGGAACAUCGCAUCAGUCAGAAGGGAGAGCUGGAGGAGUUCCCAUUUACUGUUGUUAUUGUGAAAAGUGAAGAUGAUGAGGUCCAAGGUGAAAGUGAGGUGGAGCCUUCAAGCAGCAGCUCAACUCAACACAUGACAACAGAAGCUGAUGGAGACCACUGUGGAGGAUCUCAAGCAGACAAGAUCUUUGCUCCACUAUCAACGUCACACCCUCCUGACACUGAUGAUGAAGACUCUAAAGCUGAUAAGACAUGUCACACUGACAACACACGCUUUACAUGCUCUUACUGUGACAAAACCUUUAACGACCGUCGUAAUAUGAAAAAACACACCAAAAUACACACUGGAGAAAAACCUUUUUCCUGUACAAUCUGCAGCAAAGAUUUUACACAAAGGCACCAUUUGCGAAGACACAUGAGAACCCACACUGGAGAAAAACCUUUUUCUUGUUCAAUAUGUGGGAAAGGUUUUACACAAAGUCAGUGUUUGAAAAGACAUACAAGAUUACACACUGGAGAAAACCCCUUUACCUGUUCAAUCUGUGAGAAAGAUUUUGUACAAAGUCACAAUUUGAAAGUACACAUGAGAAUACACGCUGGAGAAAAAACCUUUUCGUGUUCAAUCUGUGGUAAAGGUUUUGUACAAAGUCAAAACUUGAAAGGACACAUGAGAAUACACACUGGUGAAAAACCUUUUUCCUGCUCAGAAUGUGGUAAAGGUUUUGGACAAAAAACGGUGCUGAAAGAACACAUGAAGAUACACACUGGGGAAAAACCUUUUUCUUGUUCAAUCUGUGGUAAAGAUUUUGUACGAAGGCGGUAUUUUCAAAUACACACGAGAACACACACUGGAGAAAAACUACUCUCCUGUUCAAUCUGUGGUAAAGAUUUUGUUCAAAGUCAACAUUUGAAAGUACACAUGAGAACACACACAGGUGAGAAAGUGUUGAGUUGCAGUGUGUGUGGUGAAAGAUUCUCUUACAAGUACCAGUGUAAGAAACACAAGUGUGCUGGUGAGAACAGCAGCAGCAAAUGAAGCUGCAGGAUUUUCAAUCAAUUGUCAAGACUUGAUUAACUUUGACUUUCUUACAUCAUCACAUAUAACAUGAGUGUUACAGUGUUGUGUGUGUAACACGAUCUUGCUUCUGUGCUUCUACCAUUUAUAAAUUAGAUAUUUUAGAUUGGUGCUUCUUUGCAGUCACGUACAUGCAUUAAUAUACUACUUUUAUUUCAAAACAACAAUUUGAAAA